AUGGCCAACGGUCAAGAGAACAAGGCUCUUGGGAAAGCCACCUUGCUCUUUCGUCUCCACGAUUUCCAUGGCAUGCUCGGAGUCCACGUUCUUGCUGACGACAACCUCUGCAUGCCACUUCUCUUGGAACUCGACUUUAUGUCCAUGUGCAAAAUAACUCUGAAGCCACAUUGUAGACGUUACAUAAUGCCGGGUGGCAAAGAGUACUCGUUUCUCCCCAAAGUAAGAGCAACGCUGCACUGGAGUCACAAGCCACCUUCAGUAAACUUUUACGUUGCCGAACAAACCCACACUGUCAUUCCCCUCCUGGAGGCUCAGCCAGAGGUGGUGCGGCCACUGCUGCAGAAGUAG